AUGGGGCCUCAGAAUGCGUGCGUGACGAAACCUCUGGACGCAACCAAUCAUAGAAACGAGGAACGUGGAGAGGAGGUAAAGGCAAUGGAGCAGGUGGACAGGGACAUUCUCAUUGGUCUAUCCGACGUUGUGCGUAAGGUAUUGGAGCCGUAUGGCAAGGUCCUGGAAGUGAGCCGGGAGAAGUGGAAUGUUGAAGGCUUCCAAGGGAUCGAAUCAACGACCAGGUGUGCGCGGAUGACACUGAACGAAGGCGGCACGGCCAAUAUCAUGCCACACCAGCUUCGGAUCCAAGGUGGUAACGUACUUGUUAUGAUACCUGGACGGGCGCCCUUGUGCUUACGCUGUAAGCGCACAGGUCAUAUUCGACGAGAAUGCAGGGCGCCGAAGUGCUCGGAGUGUUUUCGCUUUGGGCAUGAUGGCGCCGAGUGUGUCAGGUCGUACGCCAGGGUGGCCAGCGGGGCCGGGACGGCCGAGACCAAUGACCACGCCAUGGAUGCCGAGGAAGCGGAGCGUACUAUCCAGGGCUUGGCGCCAGAAGCUUUAACCCCUGCCAAAGAACGCAAGAGUGAAGGAAGCAGCUCCUUGGAGGCAGCCAGAGAGAACGGAGGUCAACCGGAAGGCGCACCUCCCAGCGGUGCCGACGUGAAGCCCUCUGAUGCCGGAGCAGACAAGGAACCGAACGACGCAAGCCCCGACGGACCUUCAGAUAUGGACGACACCAGCGAGUCGACUAAGAGAGCCUUCGAUGACGAUACGGCGGCAGGAGACGGAGCACGCCAACAACACCCCUGGAUGGAACGCACGAAGAAGGGGCGUUACCAGCCCGCGCCCAACGAUCCUAAAGAGGAGCGACGGCGCAGGGAAAGCAAGUAA